AGAACCAGGAGGGAGCUCUGGCGGUUGGCAGGGCAACCUCCUUCAGUUGGUGGGAAGCAGUGGAAGGAGGAGGAGCUCCCUCUGUGCUGUCUUCCUCGCAAUUACAGCUUGUUGCAUCUAGACCCAUUCUAAAUAAACCAAGCAGGUUCCCAAGGGACCCAUGCAGACAAGUCAGCUCAGGGGAGGCGUCUGAGGUGAGGUGCAGGCUGCUAGUGGGGUGCAGCCCCAUUGCCAGGGCUGCCCCUGCCAGCGUACCUUUGCUGGGAAGAGGUGGAAGUGCUGAGCUCUGCAGACUUGGAAGCAAGGGAAGGCCCAAGCUGCUGGAGAGAAGCCGAGCUACCCCAUGGGGAACACGCUGAGCUGUUGCUUGUGCACCAACGCCAGCCCCAAGCGGGGCCAGCGCAGGAGGUCUGGAGAGCUGUCCUGCAGCGCUGACAUCUAUGAGGCAGCGUCAAGCAAAGGUGCAGGCCAAGGCAGAGAAGAGCGGAGCCGCCACAGAUGGAACAUGCUGCUCCCUAAUGCCAGCCCCAAGCAAAGACAGCGCAGGGUGCAGUGGGCAGAACCGCCUUGCAGCUGCAACAUCACGGAGGCGGAGGUGGCAGUAGCGCCACACCCCACUGCUGUAGAGCCUGCUCCGUCGGAUUUUGGAGCCCAAAAGGGCCAUGACCUGCAGCAUAUCAGCGACCAGGGGAUGCCCAAAGAUUUUGCUUCUGACCAUCCAAGGGAAAGCACACUCUUCCUGAGAAAAUAUCAAAUGAGUGUGCAAGGAAAGAGGAGGAGCUCUCACCUAUAUUAUUGUGACUUUGGCAAUAUAUUACAACAUAAAGCACAGGUGAGCUCUUUGAAAACCUGCCUUGUUACUCCAGCUCAUCACUUUGUAUAAUAUGACACAUGCUGUUAGGUCAUAACUGUAGACAUAAGCUGUAGAGUGUUUAUUUUACAGUAUUAAAGUGAAUCAUUUGUGGGUUUUUGUAAGACUCUUUUAUCUCUUAAAUUAUUGAGGGUCUCAAAAUGUAUUUGUUUAUGUCUUGUUUGCAAUUUUUGUAAAGAAGAAAGAAAAAGAUGAACUAGCCUCAUACAAAUAUAUAGUAGGAAAAAUGUGUAUUUUUAAAGCUUUCAGGUAAUUGUGGGUAUUCUUUAGCCACACCAAAACUUCACAAGUGCUGAUUUAUUAAAAUAGUUAUAAUGGGAUUGUACAUAUCGAUGAAUUCAUUCCACUAAUACUCACUAAUACUCACUGAUCUUUCUUGUACAAUAAAUGGAUCUUUCCACUUACCAGCUUUUAUAAUAUUAUGCAUUGGCUAUUUGGAAAAUAUUAAUUCAUGUUCAUCUAUAGUGUCAAAAACUCACUUUCAUUAGUAUCACAAUGAUUAUAAAAAUGUCUUCAAAUAUUUAUAUGCUGUCAAGCUCACAGUAGUAGGUAUGUGUUUUCCAAGUCCUGAUUUUUAGCCUGAAAGCAUUAGCUUUAUUAUACACAACAAAUACUUGUUAUUUUCCUUGAAAUGACAGAGUCACUUGACUUCUUUUUGAGAAUGAUAGUCAGUCAUACUUUCAGAUAGAAAUGGUGUUCUGUGAAAAAUUGGCUUGUUUAGCUCACAAUUAAAUCACAAGUGCUUUUCUUUAACAUGACCAUACUUCAGCAUGCAGACGUGCUUUAUGUGAACUUCCUACUUAGAAUACUAAAAAGAGAGUUCAGGAUUUAAUAACAACAUUAAUUUUUACUGUUUCAUCAAGGACAUUCUUAAGUGAAGCAGGCUACUUUAACAAAAACUGCAAGGGGCAGUGAAGAGUGGAAUGAAUUCUAAUAUAAUUUGGUACCACGGACCUUAUUCACACUGAGAAAACAGCAGUUUUACCCACUUUUGCUUUUAUGCAAUCAUUACAAGUGUUGAACAGCAAGAAAGCAAGCAAUGUCUUACUACUUUUAGAAAGCAAUAAAUUAUUCUUAUGUUUUAUUUUCAAUCAGUUUCUCAGGUUGAAUUAGUAUCUUAUAAGAACAUUUAGGGCCAUAGGUGGUGGUUGACACCUGUAACCCCAGCACUUUGGGAGGCCAAGGUGGGAGAAUUACAUGCGACCAGGAGUUUGAGACUAGUCCGAGUAAUGUGGCAAGACCCCAUC